UCAAACCAAUUACACCCAAGAAAAAAAAAACACCAAUUAGAGAAUGUCACUAGAUGGAUAUUUCUCUGUUGAGUUUGAGAUCCGGUCUCCGGUGGACAAAUUCUGUCAAGGUUACAUGGAGGUAGCGAAACCCCCUAACGACAAAGUUUCGUCGGACGUGCGGGAGGUUCUACCUUCGGGGAAGAGAAAGACUCAGUUAAGAAUGGAGGGAUUUCAGAUCUCGGAGUGGUUCAGGUCUCUCGCAAAACCUCUCGCCGACAGUACUAGUGAUAUGGCCAAGUCGCGAAACCCGGAUUACUACACGAAGCUCGAAGGAACCAUGACCGUCAUUCACACGGAAGGCAUUGAAGGUGGCCGCGCGAUAUGGACUCUACAGUAUGAGAAGAUUAGCUCUGACAUUAAGGACACACUAUUCAUCAUCGACAUUACUACAAUAUACUUUAAGCAGAUGGAUGAGAGAAUCUUCUCAAAUCUCUAGAAUUCUGUAAAUAGGUAAACAAAGUGGAAACCCUAUAUAUACAUAUAGUUAUAAUCACCGCUUAGACAGUUUAUGAUACUAGUUAUCAUUUAAUAAUGGUUGGCAUUUAGGAAGUAUUAAUUUGCUCUUGAAGCUUUCAAGGUGCAUAAUAUAUCGAUAUGCAUAUUAUUGCUGUACUGCCGAUUCUAAUAAAGGGAAUAAAUUAAU